AUGGCUACAAGCAUCCUCUGUUCACAACACCUUUUACUCUGGGUCUCUGUUUGGCUGACAUGCAUGCAGUUGAUUGAGUUGAAAUCUGUCCCGUCCUACUCAGCAGACGCACCAGAUAGGACAAGACUCAAGAAACACAAAACAUGUACCCACAAACAGCUUUGGAAAGCGUUUGGUAAUGGCGACUCUCAAGACAAGAAAAUCGUUGAUGAUGAAGGGACAUGCUGGGACUUGCGGAAAGAGAUGAUGAACAUUCCUGUCGAAAAGAUUAUGAACAGAAGAAACUAUGAUUUGAUCGGUCUUGGUCAUCAUGGGGCCAUUGCCAAAGUGCUCAUCCAGUACGGUUCUCAUAGAAGCAACGUCUGUGAAGCGGUCGUCAAGACAGACAAGUGCAACCCAAUUGCAGGCGGAGACCCGUUGAGUUGCAUCGCACCAAAUGCAAUGAAUAGGAUUCAAGAAUCGUAUCUCGGUUCAGAGUACAUGGGUGGUCUUCCCUUUGCCAGUCGCCGUCGCAUGGGAGUUCCAACCGAUGGGAUUCUUCCAGUUUGGGGUGUCGUUUACAAAAAGGGUGGAUUGCCAUCGCAUUCCAAUCACAGUGAAUGGAUUGGCCGACCGCACCCCGAUCCGGAAGUAAUUGGAAUCGUUUUGCCGCUCACCAAAUUCACUCCGUUAAAUUCUGGCGACAGCAUCGCGACUGUCUUUGAUACACUUGACGAAAAGACGUUGCAGUAUAUUACCAAGGAUGUUCCAAGAAUUGUCAAGACAGUCCUGCCAGCAGCUCGAGCACUGGCGCAUACUGCUGGAUUGGGUCUAUCCUUGCAAGGGAUCCACAUGGAAGAUGUUGGUUUGAUUGUCAAUCGAGACACGGAUGGAACUAUCGUGGAUGCUCAGGCAAUGUUAUUUGACAACACCCAUUCUGGAUUUGACUAUUCCCACAACUGUACCUCUGAGAUUGCAGAGGCGUGCAACUGGUGCUCCGAGUCAUGGUUUCACAAGCCAGAUCGGGUGAGCCGAGGAAAGAAUUUGACUGGAAUCGAACGAGAUUUUGACAACUUUAUCAUCCAUCUCCUGCAACCCUUCUUCCGACAUUGUCCCGAGUCAAAGGAAGCAAUGAAGUUUUUUCACAGCAUCCGGCACUGUCAGGAUCACAAAUGCAUGUUGAAGAUGCUGGAAGACGUACCGGUAGAAACUUCUAUCGUUGGUGCCUCGAACCACUAG